UAUCACCUAUGGGAUGUCUGCGUCUUUCUCUCCGGCGUUGGGUGUCCAGCGCGUCCGUGUAUCGCGCGGGAACUGGGCUCAAGAGGUGUCGUUUGAUGGCGGGACUUGGGCGUGAACAAAGGUCUGCAGGUUCUGCGCUGGUGCGCGGAUGGCGGGGACUGGGGAUGUACUGGGACGGAUUGGAAUGGGGGAGUAGCUGUGGGGUUCGUGAGGCUUGGUGGAGUGGAUGGGCUGUUGUUGGGCAGUGCUCGGGGACGGGGUGGUGUCGGCUCUGCGCUGGGUGGUGACGGCUCUGCGCUGGGUGGUGACGGCUCUGCGCUGGGUGGUGGUGAUGGCGCUGUUUGCGUUGCUGGAGCAGCAGCAGAUGUGCGGACGAGAUGUGUUACUUUGUCCUGCGCGUCACUCGUUUGUGACGCUCGUCGCGCAGUUCUUUGCGCUCGCGUGUCUGUGCGUCUUGUCUGCUCGGAACCCGCGUCUUACAGAUAUGCACAUCGUCCGUUCAGAGUCAGCAAGCACUCACCAGGUUCAACACAGCAUUGCGGGACCCUGUUCGGGCGGUCCUGCGUUGGCAUACGGUCGGGCCAGGCCGAGACGACCCCAUGGACGGCAGGGGAUUGAGAUGCAAUUCAUCACAGACAGGUGCGACGACUGCAACAGCCGGAGAACCGGAGUUUACACAUCAUAUUAGCGGGUAAUCCCGCCUUUCAGCUCUCAAUGCCUAGGUGAUCCACUCUCUUGCUCGCGCUGACUGCUUUGCCCUGCGAUGCCGAUUGGGCGACUUCCCGCGCCUUCGUCUUCUUGCCGCCUUCUUCGGCGGACGCGGAGGCGUACGCUUGUCCGGAGCCGUUGGCCAGAGCGUUUGCUGCUGCUGUUUGAGU